AUGACCCAUCCACCCGAGGUGGCCGAACAUCAAGAAAUCGCCGAUGAAACCGCCCACUCUCCCAAGGACCUCAGCUCCGAGGCUGCUGCCAGAGGUCAGGGCGUCAGCGGCUACGAAGAGCUCACCCCAUGGCAGACCGUCAUGAAGUUCAAGAUGAACUGCCUCAUCUGCACUGUCAUGACUAUCAGCGCCGGCACGGACGGUUACCAGAUUGGACUCAUUGGCAACAUCAUCGCCAACGCUGGCUUUGUUGCCCAGUUCGGAACUCAACACACAGACGAUGGCAGUGUCGUCCUCGCAUCUUCAGUACUGAGUGUCUGGAACUCGCUCGGAUCCGUCGGUCAGAUCAUCGGUAUGGUCACGCUACCCUUCAUAACCGACAGAUUCGGUAGAAAGAUAUCCAUGUACUGGUAUUGGCUCCUCCUCGCGAUCAGCGUAGCCAUCGAGUGUGUCGCCAAAACAUGGGGCGUCUGGGCUGUCUCCAAGGUCUUUGGAGGCAUCGGCGUCGGCUGUCUGCAGUCCACAAUCCCAGCAUAUAUCUCGGAGGUUGCUCCCGUCAGGGUUCGAGGCAUGUUUCUCAUGGCAUACAGCUUCUGGUGGAUUCUCGGACAGUUUUUCGCCCCUGUCGCCCUCCAGGUCAUGCUCGACAAGGAUCCCACAGACUACCUGACGCCGGUCUAUACCCAAUGGUCCCAGAUUGGCCUCAUGCUCAUCAUCUAUCUCCUGGUCCCAGAAUCUCCAGCCUGGCUUGCCACCAAGGGCAAGGCCGAACAAGCCAAGAAAUCUCUCAGCACCAUCUACCGGGGCGUCGAUGGCUUUGAUGUUGACCACCAGUACAACCUUUUGCUCAUCAACGUCGAGCACGAACGCGAGGUUGCCGCCGAGCAAAACAGAGAGAAGUGGUACGCCAUCUUCAGGGGUAGAGAUGGUCUCAGAACAGUCAUCUCCUGCUGGACUUUGAUGGCGCAGCAGUUUAUCGGCCUCGGCAUCUUCUUUGGUUAUGCGACCUACUUCUUUCAGCAGGCUGGCUUGAAGGAUCCUUUCAAGAUCACAUGCAUCACAUCUGGUAUCAACAUUUUCUUCUCCAUCGUCGUCAUCGCAGUGUCGGAUGUCAUUGGUCGUCGAUGGCUCGCAAAUGCUGGAACAACAAUCUGCUGGGUAUGCUGUGUCGUCGUGGGCAUUCUUGGAGUUGCACCGCAAGUCAAGGCGACAAAUUAUGUCUUUGUGCUCUUUGCCUGCAUCUGGAAUAUUGGUCUAGUCGCUAACGGAGCAACGGGCUGGGGCUUCAUCGGUGAGAUUUCCUCGCAACGUCUACGACCCUACACAGCUGGGUUCGCGGCUGCUUCCACAUGUGUCGUCGGUGUCGUUAUGGGUAUUCUGAUUCCUUAUAUGGUGAAUGCGCACGAGUGGAACUGGGGCCUCAAGACCAGCUGGUUAUUUGCCGGUCUGGGUGCUCCCUUUACUCUUGCCAUGUGGUUCCUCAUCCCCGAGACGGCUGGUCGCUCUGCUGCUGAACUUGAUGAGCUUUUUGAGAGAAAGAUCAAGCCAUGGCGCUUCCACAAGACCGUCACUGCGACUCAACGCAUGGUUGAACUGAACAAAGAGGAGAGGGAGUGA